ACUCAGGUAGGAACAAUGUCCCCUGCCAUUGCACUGGCAUUCCUGCCACUCGUGGUGACACUGCUGGUGAGAUACCGACACCAUUUCCGACUGCUGGUGCGUACAGUCCUGCUAAGAAGCUUCAGGGACUGCCUGUCAGGACUUCGGACUGAGGAACGGGCCUUCAGCUACGUGCUCACCCAUGCUCUGCCUGGAGACCCUGGUCACAUCCUCACCACUCUAGACCACUGGAGCAGCUGCUGCGAGUACCUGAGUCACAUGGGCCCUGUAAAAGGUCAGAUUCUGAUGCGGCUGGUGGAAGAGAAGGCCCCUGCUUGUGUGCUGGAGCUGGGCACCUACUGCGGAUACUCUACACUGUUUAUUGCGCGGGCUUUGCCCCCUGGGAGUCGCCUUCUCACUGUGGAGCGGGACCCUCGAACAGCAGCAGUGGCUGAAAAACUCAUCCGGCUGGCUGGCUUCGAUGAGCAAAUGGUGGAGCUCAUUGCGGGCAGCUCAGAGGAAGUGAUCCCAUGCCUGAGAGCGCAGUACCAGCUGAAUCGGGCAGAUCUGGUGCUGCUGGCACAUCGGCCUCGAUAUUAUCUACGGGAUCUGCAGCUCCUGGAAGCCCAUGCUCUACUCCCAAGUGGUGCCACUGUAUUGGCUGACCAUGUGCUUUUCCCUGGUGCACCCCGCUUCCUACAAUACACAAAGAGCUGUGGCCGCUAUCGCUGUCGCCUCCACCACACCAGCCUCCCAGACUUCCCUGCCAUCAAGGAUGGCAUAGCCCAACUCACCUAUGCUGGACCUGGCUGAGAUCCAGGACCUGGGAUAUUUACUGAUACAACCCCAACCCCACUCAAGCAAGGACCUCAGAAUAUCCCCUUUCCCUUUCUGUUUAGUGUCCAGCAUAUGCUAGAUUCAGGCUGGGGAAGCUUUCUUCUCAACUCGGCCUGCCCCCAACCUCCAUAUCAAUCCAAAGUGUCAAAUUCUAUCAGUCUUCUUGGUCCCACAAGAUCUUCUCCUAGAAAACUGGAGACUGCAAGCAGGAGUCCUGAGCCCUUGUUCUGUUAUCGAUUGCUCCCUCCAGGUGAGUCCUUCCUUCUUCUUAAUAUUAAGGGCUGGAAAGAUGGCUCAGCAGUUAAGAGCACUGGCUGCUGCUCC